AUGUCAAUUAAACUGUUUCGGUGUGGAGAAACCUUUACAAUAUCUCCUUUUCGACAGUUUCUUAUAAUACUUUCACCAUCAAGCUAUCGUCGCAGUAAACGGCAAUACGUGCGUGUGAAUAUAUCAGUGAAGCAAUCCGGACUUCACAAUCUCAUAAUGAAACACGUAAUCAUAGUUGCCGCUUUGAUUAAUGUUUGCUUAACGGAUGUAUCGCAUAUUUUACCGGAAUAUUCGACAACGACACUACCACCAUCACCACCGAAACCGUACAGUUUCCAAUAUGAAGCAGGACGAUAUCCAGGACAUAUCGAUCGAAUUCAUCAAGAAACCGGAAAUGGAGAUGGAAUUAUUCAUGGAACAUAUUCAUACAUUGAUCCAAAAUACAAAGUACGAACAGUAGAAUAUACAGCCGAUAAAGAUGGAUUUCAUCCUGCUUUAAUCAAUUUUGAGGAUGCUUUCGCUCAACCUGCUGAUUCGGAAGCUGUAAGAUUGGCCAAGGAAAAACAUUUCCGUCUUUAUCACAAGAUUGCAGAAGCAAACGCUCAUAACAUUCCAGUAAAUUUGCCGCGAGAUUCAGCAAGCGUGGCAAAAGCGAAGGACAGGCACAAUGAAUUGUAUCACAGAAUCGCGGAGCAACAUGCGGCGAUCGCCGCGCAAAGAGAAGCUGAACGAUUGGCUUACGAAGCGACUUCCGUUGCCAAUGACGUAGAUAAUCAUCAAACACGUUAAUGACAUUUUAUGCACGUGUCGGCAUAUACGAUUAAUGCAUACGUUCUAAAAAGAAAAUGCGCUCUAUUCGAGAUAUAAAUAUUGCUUGUUAAAAUUCUUCUUGAUUUUUUGUUAUCAAAUUAUUCAAAUAACAUAAAAAAUACACUAAAUUACAAGUGAAAUCAUUAUUCGUUAUAUUAUGAUUAAUUUAAUUAACAAAAUAUUUUUAAUCGCAAAAAUAAUAUAAUAUAAAGCAAAUGCAAGGUAUCGAAUGAUAUGACAAUCUUAUAUAGAGAAGAAGUUAUAAAAAGGCUAAAUAAAACUAAUGAAAUCGUUACAUAAUUCUUUAUUACUCAGCAUUUUCUGUUAUCUCCUAAAGCCAAACAAAUAAAAAAGAAAAAUAGCGCUAAUAAUUGUUACACAUUGUUUCUUUCUUUCGACGUUUGUUUUUUCGCACACGAUGGCCCGUUUAUGAUGAUUACAUAUACGAGCAACGGUACGGUCAAAUUUAAAACUCGUUUCAAAAUGCCGGAAGUACUAUCGUGCAAAUCAAAAAAUUUUUUCGAUGAAAGAUACACGGCACAAUCGUGCAAUGAUGAUAUAAAAGGAACUAUGCCAACAUGUAUGAUAUUAGUUCGGACGAACAUUCCGGCGAAAAAUGAAGAUUUUUGGCAAAGUGCUUUACUUCCUCCUUAUGUGCAUCGUGGCAACGAUGAGCAUGAGCAUUGGAAAAUCUAUCCUUGGGAUUGAUGGACAGCGUAAAGUAGCUUGCCACGGUGGACGACCAAUGACAACCACAACACCGGCUAGUACCACUUCUGCAUAGAUGAAAAUCUGCGAAUGAGCAAGAGACGCCGAUGCAGCAAGAUGAAAAUAUUGGGCCGAAAUAUAAACAAAUCUAAAAAAAUUACAAACCAGUCUAAAGCUUAAAUUUGAAAGUAUUAUUUUAUUAAUCAUGAUUAUUAUCAGCUUUUUAUAUUCCAAUUCUUUAAAAAAUAUUUAACACACAUAUGAAUAAAAAAAAAUGAAAUAAAAAUGUAUCCAUACCUUCCUAGAGAUAUCAAAUAUGAAAGUUUCCCUAUAUUUUAAUUUUGAAUGUAUAAAUAUAUGUAGUAUAGUAUGUAGUAUAAAAGGGACAUUGAACAACUUAACAUAUAAGAAUGAAUUAAACAUUUCGGGGUAAUAAAUAACCAAAUAGUA